GAAGAUUAUACAGUGGCUAUGGUUCCGGGGAGCUCGGAAUCGCAAAUCUCCGUUUAAGGUAAAGCUGCCACGUUACUGGGUUUGCAGUGUAAUAGUCACCGAAACAGGAAAGGCAACGGAAUCGUAUGCGUGUAAAGAUCACUAACCCACCAGGAUGAGAGCUGGCCUCUUCCACUGUCAUACAUUAUUUCAAGCUGCUAUUCCCUCCGUAGUCUGAGGUCCAAGAUACUUUUUCUGUGAGCUGCAGAUCAUCUUAUCCUUCACAAUGAAUCUCUUAUUAAUAAAGGUGCUGUGCCUCCUGGGCCUUUUCUUGCUUAUGAUGCUGGGGACCCUUCUACCAGUGAAGAUUAUGGAGACAGAUAGCAAAAAAGCUUUUCAUUCAAAGAGACUGCUAACCCUGUGUAAUUGCUUUGCCGGAGGAGUGUUCUUGGGCACUUGUUUCAAUGCUCUGCUCCCUGCUGUGAGAGAAAAGUUUGAUGAAGUUCUUAAACUGGGAAAAAUCAAUACAGACUAUCCCCUUGCUGAGACCAUCAUGUUGGUUGGAUUCUUCCUCACCAUAUUUUUGGAACAAGCCAUUCUGACAUUCCGGAAAGAGAAACCUUCUUUUAUCAACCUUGAGACAUUUAAUGCUGGGUCAGACGUUGGCAGUGAUUCUGAAUAUGAAAGCCCAUUUAUAUCAUCCAACCGUAACAAUCUCUAUGAAUCUGAUCACAGCCAUCACUCCCAUGGCCUGAAUGUUCAAGAACUAUCCAGAUCAAGUCCUCUUCGGCUCUUUAGCUUAGUAUUUGCUUUGUCAGCUCACUCAGUCUUUGAAGGGCUCGCCAUUGGUUUGCAAGAUGAAGCAAAAAAGGUCUUAAGCCUCUUCAUUGGUGUUGCUAUUCAUGAAACAUUGGCUGCUGUGGCACUUGGUGUCAGUAUUGCGAAAGUAGACCUUGGUCUUAAAGACGCUGCUAAGUUGGCCGUUUUGGUAAGCAUAAUGAUUCCAAUUGGCAUUGCAGUUGGAAUGGGGAUUCAGGAAGCGCAAAACAUGGCCAGCAGCGUCACUUCAGCUAUGUUACAGGGUAUCGCAGGAGGGACAUUUCUCUUUGUUACCUUCUUUGAAAUUUUAGUUAAAGAGUUUGAAGAUAAGAAUGAUCGUUUGCUAAAAGUUCUCUUCCUAGUUCUGGGAUACACAGUCCUAGCAGGACUAGUCUUUUUUAAAUGGUAAUUGCAUAAAAUAAUGCAAACAAAGGUAGACAAAAAUACUGUACAUCAUUUGUAAGUAUUGCUUUUUGUCUUUUUUUUUUUUUUUCUGAAAAACUGGAGAAUUAGUAAUUAGAUGCAGUAGAUUAUAAUGAAAAGUUAUGUGAUCUAUUUGAUGUAUUUAUUUAGACCCCAAUAAUUUUCAGUGUAAUAAAUAUGUGUGUGUGUGUAUGUGUAUAUAUAUAUAUAUAUAUAUAUAUAUAUAUAAUAUAUAUUCCUCCUAAAUUUGUUGUUAAUUUAAUGACUGUUACCUUGUUUAUUUCUUAGAACUAAGCAAAAGUGAUUUCUCUGUUGAGGAAUUGACAAUUUUUGUGUUUUUUUUAUGAUGAUUUUUUUUUUUUAUGGGGAAAAACUUUUUUUAAUAUUUAUUUCUUAGGGUAGUUAGUGUCUGUUCAUUGUGUAGAUAUUCAGAAUGAUUUUACACAUGUAUUGUUGAUUGAUAAAGUUAUAUUAUAUAAAACAUUAUUUAUAUUGUUAUUUUAAACAAUAAAUCCAAUAAGCAAUUUGAAUGACUAACAAAAUAUAUGUAAAGCAUUUUAAAAUAAUUGUGCCAAAAAUAACAUAUGUUUGUUUGGUCUUUGUGCGCUACUUUUCUAAUUAAUACCAUUAUCCUGCAGUUAACGGGGCAUAAAACUCAAAAAUAAAGUGCACAUAUUGAAUGCAUUUUCCGUUUUGUAAAAGUAGUAUUUUUAUCCAAUACACGUGUACUAUCAAAAAUGUUUUUAGCACAUGCAUUUUACUAAGCACUGCAAAGUAUAAUAUUUGGGGGGAGGCGCUUGAAGCACUAGGUGAUGAAAUCUGGAGUUUAUGGUUUCAAUGUCUUAGAAUAAAAAUGUAAUUUAUGACAGUCAGUAAGGAUAUUUUAACGACAAGAUAAAAAAGGAAUAGAAUACGGUCAUCGAUAUUAAUGGAAGGUUAUGAUUGCAUAAGUAAACUGAUUGAAGUGUAGUCGACAAGUUACUAUUAAGUAGUGUUGGUUACCAGUUGAUAAGGGAUUAAGUGAGAAUAUUUUUUCGGUUGUAAGAGUGUAUCCGGCGGGAUGGGGGGAGAUUAUAUUAGUUAGUUUAUUUUAUAUAUUUACAUGUUGGGUUUUUUUUGUUUGUUUUUUUGUUUAGUUUAGCUUUGUUUGGUUUUGCUUUGUUUUGUUAGGGUUAGGUGGGUUGUUUUUUUCUUAGAUAAAUUAAACAAAUAAAAAAAAAAAAAGCCCCAACAAGUGUAUGUUUAAAAAUCCUUAUUAUAGACACCAGAAUUAAUUAUAUGGUGUUUGCUAAUGUCAUAUUAAAGUAAAUGAGUUAUUACUUUGGAUUAAUCCAGUCAGAAUUACUUUUUUUUUUCUUUUUUUCUUCCUCUAACUAGAGGUAUAUGUACUCUGUUUCUGUUUAUGAUGUUUGUAUUAUGCUAUAACGUAUACCAUCCUAUUAUGUUACUAUUAAUGACGUAUAGAAAGAAUGCUAGUUAUAGUAUUACUGGAAAAAUUAUGACAUAGAGGUUAUUUUAUGUAUGAUGUAUUGAUCUAUUUGUAAUUAUCUCUGGGCAUCCUGCGUGUUGCAAGGGAAAUUGAUGUUUUAUUAUUUACACUGUUGGACUAUAAAUAAAAUUAUUUUUUUUUUAAAAA